AUGCUGACCUUCCUUAUGCUCGUUAGACUCUCCUCCUUGUGCCCUAAUGCCAUACUUCAGCGUAAGUAUUGACUUAAAUAACGAUGAAACAUGAUCGACGGUACCUUAUGUUGUACCCUCAAGGAGAGUAUAAGGGUGUGGGGUGAGAAGAAAGUGCUCAAUCUAUUACCUUUAUUGAAGAGUCACCUCUAUUGAGGGGAAAGGGACACUUUUUCUGAGUCCUGAAACCUGGGUUUAACCUACAUUCAGGGGGGGAGGGGACACCUUAGCAGUCAAAGGGUGACUCACCACAAAGAGGGUUGAUAUCUCAAAGUGUACUCUAAUCACCGUUAUAGAAACUUUUACAAAUUGAAGUAACUUACUUAAAUCAAUUAAAUGCACUUGAGUGAAUUCAACAGAAAAUGUCGUAGAGAUAAGAUAAUGAUGAUUUAUGUUGUCUUUGUUGGUUAGUUCUCAAUGCAAGAUCCAGACCUUGAGAUAGGGGGGGUUGUCAUCCAGACCCUUAGAUAAGGGGGGCGGUCUUCAAAAAAAAUGUUUUCGGCCCUUUAGACCUCAGUUUGGUCUAAAAAUAAGGGGCUGGAUCCGCUGUCCCGAGGGUGUCCCCUAAAUAUAGGUUCCACUAUACAGUAACGUUCGUUUUUAUCUGCAGGAGUGGAUAUUCUUGUGGAACCUUUACGCGCCACAUUACAAACGAAGGUAAAGGCGAACUCCGUGAAACAAGAAUUUGAAAAACAGGACGAGCUCAAAAGAUCUGCGCUCAGAGCUGUGGCUGCUCUGUUGUCCAUUCCCGACAGUGGUAAGUGCUCACAUAAUGACAUAUGUGUUGUUCUUACAAGGACAAGGAUAGCCUGCGAGCAAGCCCUCCAUUUAGGGGAUAUCGUAAAAAGUAGACGGGCGAGAGGCACGCAGGCUCCUCGCGGCCCGCUUCGCUCGCCCAAAUAGGAGAGCUUGCUCGCACGCUAGGACAAGAACGAUUUAAAUGCGAAAACGAGAUUUUCUCAAUACUAGGACGGUAGUGCACGCCCGUGCACUUACGUCAUUUUGGCGGGAAAACCUGGUAGCCGUCGUCAUUCUACUCUGAGUUUUGGUAGGAAUGUCUCAGUAGCGGAACCAAGUUAUGAAGUGUUAGAAGUUUGAUCAUUUUGCUUAACUUUCUCCAAUAAAGACAAAAGUGCUGACUUUUCGGGAGGAAAAAGGGACAAUGAAGUUCUCCGCAGUGUCUUGUUUUUUAGAUACGCGAAAUAACCUCGUAUACAUAGUCACUCUCGUCCUCGAAUCUAAAGCUCUCUAAUGUUACACCGGAUGAAUCGGUUGUUUUUUGUUUUUUGUUUUUUGUUUUUUUUUUUUGCCUGUGGGCAAUGCACAGAUCUUGUCAACCAAACUGAGCAAAACAAAACCAGAAACACGUAAUAUGUUAAAUCAACCAAACAAAAAUAACUUUCAAUAUUUAUUUUACAGAUUUUUGAUAGGGUUUCUGUUUGUCUUUUCUUUUGCCUACUGCCAGUUUUCAAGGGUUGUUCCGGGGAUGUUCCGUGGGCGUUCCGGGUGUGUUCCGAGGGAAAGGUUGUGGAGUUUUAUAGGGUGAACAGGGUGUAAUCCUAUGUUCCUAUGUUCCGAGGAUUUUAGCACAUGCCGAGCUAUACAGUACAACACAUUCCUCUUAACACAGAGGCCAAGACUGCCGAACAGCGCGCAUUCUGUUUUGCAUUUUAAGUGCCAGCUCAAACAAAGUGACAGCUAUGCUAUUUUUAACUGAUUUGGAGUCUACUUUUGUUUUAGAUAAAAGCCCUUUGCUCAGUGAAUUCUUAGCACAGAUCAAAACGAGCGCCGAGUUGGUUUCCAUGUUUGAUUCCAUUCAGAGAGAUGCAGGCUCUGCUGAUUCCAUGGAUACCAGCUGA